GCCACCAUGUCGGGGAAAUUUGAGGUUAUGAACAUGGACAUGAAGUUGGGGGGAACCCUGAAGAUUAAGGGCAAGAUUGCUGGUGAUGCUGAUGGGUUUGUGAUUAAUCUGGGCCAGGGGUCAGAUAAACUGAACCUGCAUUUCAAUCCACGCUUCCACGAAUCCGUCAUCGUCUGCAACUCAAGGGAUGGCAACUGGGGGCAGGAGCAACGGGAUAAGCACAUGUGCUUCAGCCCAGGGUCAGAGGUCAAGUUCACCGUGACCUUUGAGAAUGACGGAUUCAAGGUGAAGCUGCCAGAUGGGCACCAGUUGACCUUUCCCAACAGGCUGGGCCACAGCCACCUGAGCUACCUGGGCGUGCAGGGCGGGCUGAAGGUCUCCUCCUUCAAGAUAGAAUAA